UGAACACCAAAAACAAUGCCAACGGUCCUGCAAAGGGUCUUUCAAGACUUGAGCAGACUAUUACGAUGGCAAACCAAACCGGUAUCUCGGCUACCUCUUCACUCACCAAAAGCAAUGUCGAUCUUGAUCAUGUCUCCGGUCGUCGUGUCCAGUCUCAGGUCAACCAAGACAAAUUGCGCAAGGCUGAGGCAAAGAUUGCUGCCAAGAUGGUCAAGCGUCAAGAAAAAACCAACCUCAAGGUCGAGUACGAAGCCUCGCGUCUGUUGGAGGACGAACAAAAGGCUCUCCAGGAAGCCUACAAGAUGUACAAUCCUAUUCUGGAUUAUACCUCUACCAAGAGCAAAAACAAGGACAUCAAGAUCGAGAAUUUCGAUAUCUCGUUUGCUGGUCGCCGUAUUUUGACCGACGCCAGUUUGACUAUUGCUUUCGGAAGACGUUACGGUGUGGUUGGUAAGAACGGUAUUGGUAAAUCCACUCUGUUGCGUGCCAUGGCCCGUCGUGAAAUCAAUGUUCCUACCCAUAUUUCCGUUCUUUACGUUAUUGGUGAUAUGACACCUGCUAUCGAAAUGGUGUUGCGUGCUGAUGUCUGGCGUGAGCAUUUGCUCGAGAAGGAACGCGAACUUUCAUUCAACAUUAACCAAUUUGAAAACGAAUUGGCCGAGGAGGGACUUUCUGAAGAAGAGAAGAAGGCUCUCGAAGAGAAGAAGGAUAGAUUGAUGAGUGAUCUUAAGGAUGUGUUUGCUAAGCUCCAGGAGAUUGAAAGUGACAAGGCAGAAUCAAAGGCUUCUGCUAUUCUUGCUGGUCUUGGUUUCUCAGCUCCUGACCAAAAGAGACCCACCAAGGAAUUUUCUGGUGGAUGGCGUAUGCGUAUUUCCCUCGCUCGUGCUUUGUUCUGUAAACCCGAUGUACUCAUGCUUGAUGAACCUGAUAACAUGUUGGAUAUCCCUGCCAUUGUUUGGCUUGAGAAUUAUCUCAAGACAUGGCCUAAUACCCUCUUGGUCGUUUCUCACGACAGAGAAUUCCUCGACGAGGUCGCUACCGAUAUUCUGCAUCAGCACUCCGAGAAGCUGGAUUACUACAAGGGUAACUACACCAACUUCUACGCCACACGUGAGGAGCGUCGCAAAGCCCAGUACAGAGAGUAUGAGGCCCAAAUCCAGUACCGUAAGCAUCUCCAGGACUUCAUUGACAGAUGGAGAUACAACGCCAAGCGUGCCCCCCAGGCUCAAUCAAAGCUUAAGAUCCUUGAGAAGUUGCCUCAACUGGAAGAGCCCGAGAGUGAGAAGAUUGUCACUUUCCAAUUCACAAAUCCCGACCAGCUGUCGCCUCCCAUUCUUCAGAUGAGCGACGUUACUUUCGGUUACACUCCCGAAAAGAUCAUUAUUCGCGACAUCAACUUAGAUCUGCGUAUGGACUCGCGUAUUGCUAUCGUUGGUCCUAACGGUGCUGGUAAAUCCACCAUGCUCAAGCUAUUGACCGAAGAGAACCAACCGAUGAGUGGUCUUGUUCACCGUAACGGUCGUCUGAGAAUUGCUUACUUUACCCAGCAUCAUAUUGAUCAGCUUGAUCUUACCCGAUCUGCUGUCGGCUUCAUGUCAGACCGUUUCCCUGGUAGAACUGAAGAAGAUUACCGUCGUCAUUUGGGUGCCUUUGGUAUUACUGGCAUGGUUGGUCUUCAGAUCAUGAAGACCUUGUCUGGUGGUCAAAAAUCGCGUGUAGCUUUUGCUGCAUUGAGUGCACAAAACCCUCAUAUCCUUGUUCUUGAUGAACCUACUAACCAUUUGGAUAUGGAGUCUAUGGAUGCAUUACAGACUGCUCUUGGCAACUUUAAGGGUGGUGUCAUUAUUGUUUCUCACGACGAACGUUUCAUCAGCGAAGUGUGCAAUGAAAUCUGGAUUUGUGCUGACGGUGUACUGAGCAAGUUCUCAGGAACCAUCAAGGAUUACAAGGAACUUGUCUGCCCCAAGGAUGUAUAAUAUCUUAUUUCGUUUGUUUGUUGCUGUCUCCUAUUAUAUUUCCUACUUUUAACAAUAAAAAAAAAACACAAAUACGUACAUACAUAUAUACAUAU